AAACCCUAGCUACACCCAAUCGCCCAUGGGAAUCGAACCAUGCAUCGGCUGGGCUCAAUCCAAGCCCUUGGAUCUGCACUGGUAGCAUCCAACGGUUGGGAAGCAUUUUGCCCUUUAGGCAUGGCGGAGAAAGAACGCGACGAGCUGCGGUGGUGCUCCCUUGGCGCCGCUAUCGCCCGGAGCUCUCCGCGGCGGCGUGGCGGCGGAGGCGGCGGCGAUCUAUGGGGGACCGCCAGAUCGAAGUUGUCGGCGUUCGCGUCGACGAUGGGCGGAAGAUCCUCCUCGUCAAGCCGACCGUCGUCCCGCCCGAGAUUGUGAGCGAUCAGGUGGACAAUUUCCUGCUGGAAGCGCUUCAAAACCCUCGCGAUCGUCUCACAGUUCUUCGAUUGGAGCAGGAGAUACAGAAGUUUGCCAAGAAUGCCGAGGUCCAGCAGCUAGAAUUCCAGCCGAUGGGGUCUCCUUUCUGCCAGCUCGCGACACAGCGCGUUGCUCAGCACUAUGGCUUGAAGACCAGCGUGGUGGAAAGCUCUGGUGGCGCUAGGAUUCACGUCACGAAGAGCCUGGACGGAGAGAAUCGCCAAAGUGGCAUUCGCUUGGCUGAUAUUCCUCCGAGGGUGGCUCAAGCUCUACAGCCCAGAGUAGCGAUCAAGCAAAGGGGUGCUCCGGCUGGUUACAGGGACAAGAGGAACUCCAAGGUGGAUUCCGGCAAGAGUGUGGAGGAAAGGAAGGAGGAAUACAACAGGGCGAGAGCGAGGAUUUUUCAGGAGGAUUCUAGCGACGACGAUAGCGUCAAAGAUUGCUGCCACAUCGAGGUGGUGAGGGUGGAGAACAAGGAUGAAGCUGCGAAAGCCAACAAAGAGACGCGUGCCGAGACGACAGUGCCGAGGAUCUGUACGAAAGACGACAAGGAGAACGUAAGGCGGAUCUUCAAAGAAGAGAAUGCGAUCAAGCCAAAGCCGAGCACUCCAAACAGGGUGGCGAUCAUCCGAGACCGUGAGAAGGAUCGAAAGGACCCCGACUAUGAUCGAAGCUACGACAGGUAUCUCCAGCGUUAUGAUCGUGGCUUUGGUGGUCUCAUGGCUCAUCCGGUCUCUCCGGCUUAUAACACGCAAUUCGACGCUUGCAUCCAGCAGCCAGCUCAAUCGCUGUGUUCUUCGUGGGUGUCGCCAACUUACAAUCCAGCAGCGUGUUCGUCCUCUGGAUCUCCGAUCCAGAUGGGAGGAACUCGAGGUUCUUUCGUCAUGGACAGCACAAGCUACUCGAGCUACGCUCCAUAUCAAUCCCAGGAUCCCAGGUUCUUUCACGAUGGAUUUUUCUCCUCAUCCUCGUUCCAAGCGUUUAACACUCUGGAGGCUCCACAGCAGCACUACCAAAUGGCCGUGCUUCCAAGCUACAACAUGGUCAACUUGCACAGUCGGCAGCACUACUAAAAGCGAAGGCUUCCAAGAAUUUGGAAGACGAAAAACGGGAGGCAUUGUAAGACACUAAUUUUUUUUCUUCGGACGGGAAUGUACGUAUAGUCUUCGAAUAUGAUUCUUUUUAUUCGCUGGAGAUGCUCAAUCACGCAUAUGCCAAUUCUUUUAACCGCCAUGGUUUUGUGUGGUU